AUGGAGAGAAGUACUCCCGCACAAAAUGUUUUACUCACCGCCGAUAUAUUAUUUAAUAUUUCAUCCUUCUUUGAACGUCAGGAUGAUGUGUUUAAAUGUCUUUUCGUUCAUCCUACUUGGACUAUGGUCUUUGUUAGAAAACUAUGGAAAGCCCCUAUAUGGCAUUCUACAGAUUCAACUCAAUGUUUCAUACGUACACUUCGUAAAAGAAAAGCUUUAUUUCUUUAUGGACAUAUGGUACAAAGACUUGUAUUUAAACUAUACCGUAAAGAAAUAGAUCCAGGAUUAACUUCUACCGAUCUUAAACUUAUCUCUCGAUCUUGCCCAAAUUUAAAACAUCUUACUUUUUCUACAAUAAAUCCUCCUUUUAAUCAUAAAAAUGUUGAACAAUUAUUAAAUAAAACACCAAAUUUAAUUACAUUAUCUAUACUUGAUUGUGAUAACAAAUGGUUAGAAGGUUCUCUUAAUCCACUUCUUCAAGGAAAAUGUCCUUUAUUAAAACAUUUAGAAAUUCAUGAUUGUAGUAGAAUUUGGUCAUUAAAUUUACUUUGUAAUAUUGGAAAAAGUUGUCCAAAUAUUAUCUCUUUAAAAUUAUAUCAAAGAAUUAAUAAAACUUUGGCUGAUCGAUUCGCACAAUUAGAAUCACUUAGGAUUAGAACCAUUCAUAAACAAGACUUUCCUUUAUUUUUUACUUCUUUCACAAGAUUUCAACCUUGUUUAAGACAAAUUUAUUUAGCCACAUUAUUCAUUCGAGAUACAGCAAUAGAGACAAUAGCAAAGAAUUGUCAUAAUUUAGAAUCAAUCGAAAUUUUCAUGUGUUUUUAUUUAACAGAUGCUUCCGUCAAAGCAAUAGCUCAACAUCGUAAUACACAACUUAAACAUUUUAUGAUAGCAUAUAAUGCAUAUGUUACAGAUGAAAGUAUUGAAGAAAUUGCGAAUUAUUGUACGAAAUUAAAAUCCAUAAUCAUAAUAACGUGCACUAAAUUAACCGAUCAACCAUUUAUUAAUAUUGCCAAAAAAUGUAAAUCCUUAGAAGAAUAUACAGUAAGGCAUCAUUCAUGGCAUACAUUAGCAUCCAUAGUACAUACUUUAUCAAUUCGGAAUAGAGGAACUUUAAAAAUAUUUAAAGCAUAUGAAGCUGGAGUAAAAGAUUUUGUUGUUAAAAAACCAAAUUAUAUAAUAGAUGCAAUAACAUUAGAGAAACUUGCAAUAAGGUGUUCAAAUAUUAAAACUUUAGUUCUGAAAUGUAAAAUACAAGAAACCGAUCAAAAUAAACUUAUUAAGGCAAUUCGUAAAUUUAAAAAUCUUGAAGAUUUACACAUCUCACCAUCUGAAAAAUUUACUUCAGAUGAUAUAAAACAAUUAGAAAAACAUAAGAGAUUAAGAUACGUUACUCUUUUUCACGGAUUUACUCCAGAAAUUCAAAAUAUUCAACUUUCAUCAAGGCAAGAAGUUUCGGCCAGGAUUAAUAUUACUCUCGUUACUCCAGCUAAUAUAAAUAGUUAUCGAGAAUUAACAAAAUAUAUUCCAAAAAAUUUAUCCUAUGAUCAAGAAGAAUACAAAUCGCUUCGAUUAGAUUUCUUUGAAGAUGAAAAUCUUUGCUUAAAAGGAAACUGCAAAACUCUCCAUCUUUUUCCCGAGUUCAGGAAGUCUUCACUUCGCACGAUGUCAUAUGAUCAUUGGUGUUAUUAUGAGUUAGAAUUUAAUAAAGAUAUAAGGCAUCGCAAAUUUAAAUCCAAUAUGACUACUAUCAAAGGAAAACCCGUUAAUAAAGAAAUUAUAAUAAAGAACAUCCAUCCAAUUUCACUUAAUAAUUCAAAAGAUUAUGAUGCAUUGAUGAAAGAUAUUGGUUCUGCCAAAGUUGUGUUGAUAGGUGAGGCUUCACAUGGAACCGAAGAUUUUUAUCAAGAGAGAUGUCUAAUUACUCAACGUUUGAUUAAGGAAAAAGGAUUUACAGUCGUCGCAUGUGAAGCAGAUUGGCCGGACGCUUUUAAAGUGAAUCGUUAUGUCCAGAAUUUCAAGAUAAAUGAUGCAAAAGAGGCUCGUGCUUCUCUCAGCGAAUUUCGCAGGUUUCCCACUUGGAUGUGGAGAAAUUUACAAGUUAUGAGAUUCGUUGAAUGGAUGAGAGCAUAUAACGAUCAUUUAGAAGCACAAACGAAAUUAGAGAAAGGAGAUAAUAAUUGGAAUAAAUAUGAUAAGGUCGGAUUUUAUGGAUUAGAUUUGUAUUCUUUAUUUGGAUCCAUGGAAGCAGUUAUCAAGUAUUUGCAAAAAACUGACCCUGAAGCAGCAGAAAAAGCCAAAAACCUUUAUUCCUGCUUCGACAAUUUUUAUAAAUCUACUGAAUCUUAUGCGUUCGCAGGAUACCUUCGUACCCGCCCAUUAUGUGAAAAAGAAGUAAUAAAAGUAAUGACCUCCCUGGUUCGUAAAUAUUCCGAAAGUAUAUUGAAAAAUGGUCAUCUGCAUGAAGAUGAAAAUGGUAUUGAUGAAUUAUUCGCAGCAGAAAUAAAUGCUAUAGUUGUUCGUGAUGCCGAAGUUUACUAUCGUACAAUGUUUGGAGGUCAUGCGAAAAGUUGGAAUAAGAGAGAUACGCAUAUGAUUAAUAUUCUGAAAAUUUUGAUUGCUCAUUUGGAAAAAAUGAGCAAAAAAGAGGUUAAGGCUGUUGUUUGGGCUCACAACAGUCACAUUGGAGAUGCACGUCAUACCGACCAAGGACAGAGGCGUAAAGAAAUUAAUAUUGGGCAACUUGCAAGAGAAACAUUUGGAACCGAUCACACUUAUAACAUUGGAUUUACCACACAUACUGGAACUGUGACCUGUGCUUCAGACUGGGAUGGAGAUCGUGAAACCAAGAGAGUCAUCCCAUCACGUCCAUCAUCUGUUGAAAAUGUUUUUCAUACAGUUGCUGAGGAAACUAAAAUUCCUAACUUUCUUCUCCGCUUCAACCGUAUCAUUUCUAACGCCAAAGUUUUUACAGACCAAGAGCUUAUCAAGGCACUUUCAGAAAAACAACAAUUGAGACAAAGAGCAAUUGGUGUAAUCUAUCACCCUGAAACAGAAAUGCAAUCUCAUUAUUUCACUGCUGAAACUUCUUUGCAAUUUGAUACUGUGAUUCACAUUGAUGAAACUAGUGCUCUUAAACCCAUGGAUAAACAUGAUUUUGAAGUUCGGGAUGAAUGUCUAGAGAAAAAAGAGUACCCGGAAACUUAUCCAACAGGAGAUAAUCCAAUUUAA